AUGGAAGGUGGCCAGACCCUAUCAAUCCCCUAUGGAGUGUGGCCAGACCCCAUCAAUCCCCUAUGGAGCGAGGCCAGACCCUAUCGAUCCCCCAUGGGAGGUGGCCAGACCCUAUCGAUCCCCUAUGGAAGGUUUAAGGAUCUGAAGGGUUCCAAGCUAUUGGAGUGCUUGAGUGUGUAUGACAGAAGCUUCAUCUACAUGCCAGCCUUCUCUUCAAGUAUCGGCAUAAAGCCAUCCUUUUGGGCUGCUCAAACAGUUGCUGAUGCUUCAGCCAAUCAGACAGUCCUGUUCGCCCACCCGGAGUUCCUGCGACGUGUCAGUGCCUUCUGGGCGGCCCGGGGUGUCAGCGCUCGGCGUCUCUCCACCGGCCUCUUCAUGGUGACACUCGCCCUCUCCCUCUGCGACCAGGUGGACGUCUACGGCUUCUGGCCCUUUUCACACGGACCAGACAACAAGCCACUCUCUCAUCAUUACUAUGACAACGAACCUCCCAACAGUUACCACGAGAUGCCGCAGGAGUUUAAGCAGUUGACGCAGCUGCAUGACAGCGGAGUCAUACGACUGCAGCUGGGAAACUGUGGAGGCGUUGAACAUGAACUGAGUCAUUGACUACUACUGCAACAGUCACAGUAAUUAUGUCACAGUCACUGUAAUGAUGCG